GGCCGUGGCCACUUGAAAAGAAAACAACUUGGAAAUAUUGCAGACUACGUUGUAGCUUGUCAGAAUUUCCUUGAUUUGUAGCGAAUUAUUUUAUUUAUCUUUAUAAUUUAUAAUAGUAAGUAAUCAACUAUGGAAAGUAAACGUCCUGCUUCUACUGAAUCUGAUACAACUCCUGAUGAGAAACGUAAAAAAUGUGAUGAUGAAAUCGGGCUUAAGACCGAAGGCAACAUUCCUUUUUCUCUUGGAAACAACGACAAUCAGAAUAUUCAGGGAAGCUCUUCUGCACCAGAAACACCAAUAAUCAUUGUUGAAGACUAUAAGGAGAGAAUAGAACAAGAACCAGAAAGAUGGCAAAUGUCCUGCAGGACCAUCAAGGAUCGAAUGGCAAAACUUUAUAAAAGUAACAAUCUAGCAGAUUGUACUUUCCUUAUUGGAACUACAACUGUCAAGGAAUACAGGCUGCACUCAUUCAUUUUGAGUAUGGCUAGUCCAGUAUUUGAAGAUCUACUGUCCUGUGAUAACAAAGAAAUCAAAAUACAAGAUGUUGAAAGUGACGCUUUUGAUCAAAUAUUGGAAUACGUGUAUUUAGAUCUUCUGCACUUGGAAUCUGUUGAAAAAGCUCAAUCUCUGUACAGAGCAGCUCAAAAAUUCAAAUUGACUUUGAUUAUUGAGAGAGCUGUUCAGUUGAUGAUGAGCAACAUGAGCCUUGACAACAUCUGGCCAACCAUGGAGUCUGCCCAGAUAACCUGUGAUAACAUCCUUAAAGCUGAAUGUUUAAAGGUAAUCCUUAUAAAUAAAAUUAAUAAAUUAUUAGCCUCCAAAUUUUUCAAUACAUGAUGCAAAUACAAUACA